AUGUCAGAGAGUGUUCAACAGGAACCCUAAUAAUAAUCCUCAUCAUCUAAAUAACCAGAAGAGUCUAAUUCGGAUGAAAAGAUUACUAGUGCAUGGGAGAAAUCAUAAAAGGAAUUAAUAAAUUCACAUUAAAAUAAAUUUGAUGCAUUUAAGGCUAUGGCAGAUUAGAGUGGAACAAUAGAUGAAAGUCACUUUACAAUAGGAGGGGAAUAGAAAUCAGAAAUAUUUAAAAGAUUUGAUGCUGAUCAUGAUGGAAAAAUUAAUUAACAAGAAUGGAAUUAGGGUUGGAAUAAUCUUGAUGUAUAAGUGUUAGAAACGUAACAUAAAGUUGCAAUUGCAUAACAAAAAAUGUAAAUUUUAGAUGCUUUAGAAGCAAAAGUAGAACCUGGUUUAAACUUAAGUUAAAAAAGUUCAAUUAUGAUAGAUAGAUUUAAAAACUCAUCAAAUUUGGGUGAUUUAAAUGAUUUAUUCAAUAAGAAAUCUCCAUUUUAAGACCACUAGGAAUAUUCAGAGAGUAGUAAUUAUGACAUUAGGUAAAAAGGUAGUAACAGACCUUUGGAUCAAUUAUUAUAACAAUUUAAAACACCGAAUAAAACGGAUAUUUUAUUUGAUUCAGGUAGUGGAUAAGGAUCAGGUCAAUAUUUAGGUAGUAAUAAGCAAACCUAAAAAUUUGGAUUUGUUUAAGGAAGUGCUUCUCCAGCAUUUAAUCCCACAACAUUAAAGAAUGAAAAUUAAUACAACUCGAAAGUUCAUUAACAAAUGAAUAUUAAUAUUGAUAUUAAGGAAAAAAAUAAAUCUAAUAAAAGAAGAGAAGAAUUAGCUAGCUACAUGGGUAAAUUGGGUUUGGGAGGAAAUGACUCAAUUUCAAGACCUUCCAUAAGUUCUGAGCAACCAAAUUCAAAUGUUUUCGAGAGAAUGAAAGUUUAUGUAAGUAACAUUGGAUAGUAAAAUUUCAAGAAUUAACCAUAAUCUGGACUAAAUGAACUUACUAAUGAUAACUAAUUCAUUACUAGCACAUUCAAAUAGCAAUUAAAAUAAUAUAGAAGAGAGAGAGGUGUAGAAUAAGUAGACAAUCAAGCUGGCAAAUUCUCAAAGCAUUCCAGCUUCUUGGAGAAUCCAUUAUUGCAGGAUUAAUCUUUAAAAAGUUUUCAUUUAAAACUUAUGCACUCUUAAGGCGCAUUGAACUAUAAGAAUACUAGAAUUUGA